UAAUUUUAAAAUUCUCGACUGUUUCGAAAUUUCGAUUUUUCUAAUAUUUUAUAAUAAAUGCUCCGCUUUACUAAAUCAGAAAGGGGUAACCCCAAAUUACAACACGAACACCACGAAUAUAAUUAUAGAGAGAAGCAAAAGAAAUAUCAUCUGUGGCGCUGCGUAAACAACAAAACCAUUGUUGGCUGCAAUGGCACUGUUGGCACAGCCAGCACGACAGAUGAAGCCACACAAGUGAUAGAAAUAAUUCAUUCUAUAAAUACUACACUGUUCAUCGACCAAUUGGACAGUGAUUGCUUUAAAUUCUUCGUGAAUAAUGUAAUCACGAAUAAAUUCUCUGUUUGGAAUUAUGUGCGCUAUAAUGUGGAGCGAUGUUUAAGUGCUUUAUUUGACCUUUUAAUUACUGGAAGGAAGCAAUUUAAAAAUAUCACCUAUUACCAGCUUGACCCUAGACUUUAUGAACGUAUUAUAGAGGUAAUGAUUUUUUAA